AUGUCAAACACGAUUUUGAACCUCCUUCCCUUGCCAGCUUCGUUCGGAUGUCGCAGACAAGAUUCGGAUGUCGCAGACAUGAUCAUCAUUCUGUUGACGUUGACGAGGUGGGGUGGCUGCUGCCAGCAUCGGCAUCUGGCUGAACUCUGUGGAGGGGGGACGAGUGCCGACCCACGGCGUCACUGGCACGAGCCAAGCCGCCUGUUGCCCUGUUGGCACGCUCCCCGUCAAGCGACAGAGACAACGGCAACGGACAGGCGUUCGGUUACGUUUCAAGCGCGAGGGUGGCGGCCACACCAGCUGUUGGUUGGCCGACUCCUGCGUGGAUCAACGUGGCUAAUCGCGCAGACCGGCCCGGCACAUGCCUCGCUCUUCUUCUUUCGAAACUUCCAUGUCGUCCCCGCUAACAAAACCGUGGUCGAGGGCGAAGACUUCGUUAUUCCUUGCGUCAUAAGCGACCAGUUUCUCUUGGGCAAUACCUACUGGACAAAGGGCGGAAUGCCUCUGGGAUUUGAGUACAGUCUGCCCGGCUAUGAAAGGUACUCUGUGGUGGGCAACCACGCCGUCGGCGAAUACACCCUAAAAGUGAUCGAUGCAAAAAUCGAAGACGAAGCGGAUUAUGAGUGCCAAGUGCUUCCGGAACCUGGUGACGAAGAGGGUCUUCGAGGAGUUGCUUUUGUGACUGUCUUAGUCCCGCCAAAAUCAGUGAAGCUACCGAAUAUCGACAAUGGAGGAAAGUUGUCGGCCCAUUCUGGCAGCACCAUCGAAAUCGUUUGUCAGACGGAUGGCAGCAAUCCGGAAGCGGAGAUUCGUUGGUACAGGAAUAGCGACGUAAUUGCUGCUGCGAAGACAUGGAAGAAAAAGCUAGAAAACAGUCUGGUGUCAACGAUUUCACAGAUUCGCUGGCCAGUGGCAAAAAGUGAUGACGGGUCGAUGUUCAUCUGCCAAGCUUCCCACCCCGCUUUUCAAACCGGACAGUUCAUCAGAACAAACGUCACGCUAUCGGCUAUAUGGAAAGAUAUGAAGAAGUUGGUAAGACAGAACAUUCCCCAAGUUGUUUGGACGGCGAAGAUUCCUCCUUCCGCCCUGAAGAUUCAGGGAUACGAUGGCCGGACCCUUAAAGCUGGUGAACGAAUCCAUUUGCAAUGUGUGGUCAACAAUGGAAACCCUUUGCCUGAGGUGCUGUGGUAUCGCAAUUCGAAACUCAUCGAUCGAACGUAUAUCACCAAUCCGGUGACGUCGGUCAAUGACUACGAAUUCGCCGUCGAUGCCAGCGACAACGUUGCCGAAUACAAGUGCCAGUCAAGCAACGCUGCGACGUUUGCCCCUCUGUCUGAAGUUGUGCGGCUUAAAAUCCUCCUGAAAGCGUGGAAUUAUCUGGUCCGGAUUCAGUUAAAAGCGGUGAUUUCGCUCAGUUCUCCUGCCACACCAGUGCGUCUCAUCCGCCGGCAAAAAUUUCAUGGAUCGUUGAUGGCCGACCCGUUGCCAGCGCUUCAUUCGUCGUCCGACCUGCUACUGAAAAUGAAGGCAUGCAUUCGACCUGAACAAGUAACAAUUUACGGUUACGAACAUACCCCUAUGGUCGCUGGCACGACACAUCGUUUGUCGUGUGUGGCUAUUGGUGGCAAUCCUCUGGCGACCAUAAACUGGUACAAAAAUGGGCGACAGCUGACCAGAGGAGUGACCAACACGGUCAGUGAUAAUGUUGCCCAGGCGGAAUUGACCUUCGCUGUCGGGCCUGAAGACAACAUGGCCGAGUUUUCUUGCAACGCCGAGAAUUCUGCAACCGUCAAGCCGCUGGUGGCCAAACUCAAUGCCACCGUGUUUUGUAAGUCUUAUUCUGUGUAUCUAGUUGGUCCGGAAACGGUUGUUAUUAAAAGCAAGGCGUCAGAAUUUCGAGUGGGUGAAUCGGCACAACUCACGUGUGAAACCGGAUCUAGCAAUCCGGCUCCUGUUGUUUCCUGGUGGAGAAACGGGGACCAACUGAACGGUGUUUACGUUCAUAAUAAAAGCAGCAAUUUCUAUGGUUGGGAAGUGAAAAGCAAGCUUAUUAUUCCAGUCACCUCUAAUGAGGAUGGCAUGAAGUAUAUUUGUCGGGCAACGAAUCCGGCACUCAAUCGAAGCAUUAACGAGGCCAUUUUUGUGCACGUAAAAUAUAUCACAUCCUCGAAACUGAAGUGUCCUCCGUUGCACGGUGAUGCUCCACAGUUUUUUUGGACGGGGCUGCAGUCUAUCACCGUACUGGAAAACGAAUCUGUGAUUCUGAACGCGUCAGCGAAAGCUAAUCCCAUGCCGAUCUCUUAUGAGUGGACGAAGAGUAUCGGGUCGUUCAGCUCUAGGUCUGCAAGGCCUUCUGCCGGAUCUGGCAUUGAUGGACCGUUCAUGAACUUCACUCGGAUUUCCCGUAGGGAUGCCGGUGAAUUCAAGUGCAAAGCUACUAAUGCGGAGGGGUCGUCGAUUUUAACGUUUCACGUCCAAGUAAAAUGUAAUGCCUCUAUUCUUUGCUGCUGA